UCGUCUCAAUGUGCGAUCCCACGGCGUUGUUGGAUCUAGUGCCGAGUGAGGGAUUACUCAAGAGGCCAUCCAUGGACUAUAACGAGUACACAUACUGCUACGGUGGUGGUCGAGGGUGUUUGUUGGAUAAUUCGGCGCCACGGGGCCCGCCCGAUGUGCCACCCCGUAAUCCUACAAUGAGUCGCGUCAACGGAAGAUUGCCAGGAAGUCACGCAGCCAGCGAUCACGAGCGUGAUCCCGACCUCCAGCCGUCCUGCCUCGUACGCACCUCAUCCGGCGGCUUCUACAGUAUACCAAAGAUACCGAAGAAUGAGUACAACAACAAGAAUCAGUCCACGGGGAAUAGUCCAAUAAAGGUCGAGCUGCAAAACAACAUGGACAGAGUACCUUUACCGUACGGCCACGCGCCCUCAAUGAUCCCAAUGAGGAGACAAAGCAUUCGUUGCCAUUUUGUCAAAGGGGUCGAUUGGUGCAGCUGGAAAUUAAUUGCAAUGAUGCUACUUAUGGUCUUGCUAUGCAUAACGGCAGCGCUAGCCUACGUUGUAGUAUCAAGUAUAGUGAACCGGUCCUAUCAAGGAACGAAAACGUGUACGGUGCUGGUCGGCGAGAACGCGGACACGAAGCCGGUGUCUUCGGACAGGAACAAGACCUCGUCGUCGGCGGAAUCCUCACAAUCCACCAGUCGAACACGGCAACAGGCGUCCUCAGGAGGUAGUAUUAACCCGUCGGCUAGCAUGUUAGAGCACGUGUACACCCGUAAGCGUAGGGACACGUUUAACCAGCAUGCGUUGCACCAAACUAUCGCAUCGCCCCGUGAACGCGCCGACAAGCCAUCCUCGUCGACCGUGGCCGAUCUUGAACACUCGUCACGGUCCGAGCAGAGGCCAGCGGAGCUGUUCAACGGGGAUCGUCCUCAUGGUGUGGUUGUUGUGCAUGAAACGGAGCAUGCGGACGAUCCUCUACCAAAUGUGAACGCCAGACAUGCGGAGCUGCUCGAAGACGUACUCGAGUCAUCGUCCUCGUCGUCGUCGACAGAACAGACGACGAUUACUCCCAUGGGGACACUGCUUCACGUGAAUGUCUCUGACUCUUCGAAUACCACUAACUAUACUCAUGAUCGUUCGACUCAUACCACUGUCGCUGCUACUCUCGACCUAGCCUCCUCGUCCUCUAUCUCUGUUGCCUCUGUCCAACCUGCUACUAGCGAUCGUUCGUACGCCUCUUAUUCGUUCUCCUCUACCGUUUCACCUAACGAACCGGCUGACCAACCUUUAGAGACCCAGUUCGAUAAUAGUGCCACGGGAUCCGCGUUAAACGUCGCUACCGAUCCGAUAAUCGAACCUUCGAUCGACCGUUCAACCACGGACAAUGCUUAUAUAGAGACUACGGAAACUUGGGAUGUUCCUAGGGCUUACGUUAGUCCUGAAGUAGCGUUAAACGUAGAAUCGAAGGAUGUAGAAUUGACGACCGUGAGAGGUUCGAUGGAUAAUCAGAAGAGUAGUACUAGUGGUAGCUUAGAACCUGUAGAUAACGUAAAGAGAACCGUAGAACCGGUAGAAAGUAAGAAGAAGAAUGACAACGUCACCGUGUACGACGAUCGUCUCACGAAUAUCACCGAAACGUCGAACGUAAGUACCACUGGCUCGACGAAGAGCGAACAACCGGAUGAUAACGCGGUACCGGCGCGAGUAGAGCACGUAGACACCGCUAGUACAGUUUCCUCGGAAUCCACGAAGGAAGCGAGGGCAGGCGGAAGGGUCGAGGAAAGCAAACCAAACGGUAAGAAUCUGGAAAGUGAAAAUACUGCAGGGAACGGACCGCAGGAUCGUAGGAAUGCGAACGCUUCCGACAAUUUUUCGGACGUCGUGAAGGAAACGCAAGAACUCUCCCGGGAGGAAUCCUCGUCCGAAACGGAGGUUUGGCCGAGUCGUGUGAAAAGUUCCGAGAAAUCCGAGGAACUCCAGCGGGACUACCCGAUUUAUAAUUACGGCCAGGACGAGGUCGAGAUAGUGAAGCUGAAUCACGGCAACGACGUGGCCGAGACCACGAUAAAAACUAAGCAACAGGCUCGUUCUGUGUUUGAUAACGGACUGAAGAUGAACAAUGUUCCGCGUUUAGGGCAAAGAACUAGCAAUUAUGGGGUAUUCACCAUAGACAAGACCGACGAGUCCCUCAGGGAGUUCGAGAGAAAGUUCAGCGAGAAAUCGUCCGAAGCAGACUACUCUGACACAGCUAAAAAAUUGCACGAAGGUACUAACAACGCGGGAUCACACGCGAGAUCGAAUUCACCUACCGAAUCACCUACACCGCUGACUCAGCAGGUGAAAAUCAUCGAGGUACCGGUUGAUAGGUCUGGUCAUAAAUCCUCAUCGAAAUCAUCUUCAUCGGCGUCGUCUAAUAGGGUGCUUGUAAACAUCACGAUAGCUUCCGGAGAUCCUGCAGCCUCGAAGCCGCUUUACGUGCUAUCUGUCUCUGUGCCUACGAACGGUAACGCUGACGAACAGACGUCUGGGGUGAAUGUGAACCAGGUUCAGACGCACGAGCACGAAACUUUGUCGGAGGAAUCAGCCUCGAGCAUGAGAAAGGUCGCGAAUCCUACGGUUGGAAACGAUAAUCGAUUGCCUCCGCCGCCACAGCCGCCCUCGUCACCUCCGCCUCCAAUCUGGGCUGGUGGCGAGUGUGAGUGCUCGUGUCCGUGCAUGGGUUCAUCGUCUGACGAGUGGGACAAUGAUUCAGGGAACGACGAAUCCGUAAACUCCGAUCAAGAGGAACAGGUGAAUAACUCGAACGUCUCUGUGGACAAGUCACUCGAUCAUCGGGCAAAGACAACGACUGAUUCGAGUCUGAAGGAUCAGGACGAUGGAAAAGAGUCCACAGUGACUAUGGAGGAGUCUGUAAGGAGCGAGGUAACCACCUCGAACACCGAGCACGAUUAUUCCUCGACUACUGAGGAGAACAGCAGUUCCGUUGACUGGACCACCUCGAAUUACGAGACAGAGUCGAGCAGCACAGGCAUGUCAGAGUGUUCUGGGACAAGCCCGUUACCCCCAGAACCCACUAUACUGAUCCUGGAAGGUGCGAGAACUUUCCCCGCCAGGUCUUUUCCACCUGACGGCACGACUUUCGCCCAAGUAGGCCUGGGACAGAAGCUCAGCAAAGAGAUCCCUCCUUACAGCUACUGGAAUAUGCAAUUCUACCAAUCGGAGGCCGCUUACGUGCGAUUCGACUACAAUAUCCCUCGAGGAGCGAGCAUCGGUGUCUAUGCUAGAAGAAACGCGCUUCCAACGCACACGCAAUACGAUCUCCUGGAAGUGCUGAGCGGUUUCAAGGCUAGGACCACCAGGGCGUCCCAUGUUAGUGUUAUUCCUUCGAUCAAGAAAGAAGUGACGCACUAUAUGGAACCUGGUCACUGGUUCCUCUCGUUGUACAACGACGACGGAGAUCCUCAGGAGGUAUCGUUCAUAGCUAUAAUCGCGGAGGACAUGACGCACAAUUGUCCGAACGGAUGUAGCGGGAAGGGUGAAUGUCUGUUGGGUCAUUGCCAGUGCAUCCCUGGCUUCGGUGGCGAAGAUUGUAGCGAGAGCGUUUGUCCUGUCCUUUGUAGUCAACGUGGCGAGUACAUAAACGGAGAGUGUCAGUGCAACCCUGGUUGGAAGGGGAAGGAGUGUUCUCUGCGACACGACGAGUGUGAAGUGCCUGAUUGCAACGGACACGGGCAUUGUACCAAUGGAAAGUGCAAUUGCGUGAGGGGCUACAAAGGAAAGUACUGCGAGGAAGUGGACUGUCCUCAUCCGACUUGCUCGGGCCACGGUUUCUGCGCGGAGGGCACGUGUAUCUGCAAGAAAGGAUGGAAAGGAGCGGACUGCAGCCAGAUGGACAAGGAAGCGUUGCAAUGUCUGCCUAACUGUAGUGGCCAUGGGAACUUCGAUCUUGAAACUCAGACCUGUCUAUGCGAGCCUAUGUGGUCUGGCGAUGACUGCUCGAAAGAAUUGUGCGAUUUGGACUGCGGUCCUCAUGGUCACUGCGUGGACAACGCUUGCGACUGUCUGCCCGGAUGGUCCGGCGAAUUGUGCAAUUUGAAGCAGUGUGAUCCACGAUGCAACGAGCAUGGCCAGUGCAAGAACGGGACCUGCUUGUGCGUGACCGGUUGGAACGGGAGACAUUGCACGAUGGAAGGUUGCCCGAAUUCCUGUUCCGGACACGGACAGUGCAGAGUCAGCAACGACGGCCAGUGGGAGUGCAGGUGUGACGAUGACUGGGAUGGCAAGGACUGCAACGUGCUCCUCGAACAGAUCUGCAACGACGGACGGGACGAUGACAAAGACGGUCUCGUCGAUUGCGCUGAUCCAGAAUGUUGCUCGAAUCAUGUAUGUCGUACCAGCCAGCUUUGCGUGUCAGCACCGAAGCCGAUCGAUAUACUUCUGCGAAAGCAACCGCCUGCCAUAACCGCUUCCUUCUUCGAGAGGAUGAAAUUUUUAAUCGACGAGGGCAGUUUGCAGAACUAUGCUCGUCAGGAGACCUUCAACGAGAGUAUGUUCUGGAAUCACUUCAACACAAGCCGAUCGGCCGUUGUACGUGGCCGCGUUGUCACGCAUCUUGGCACCGGUCUGAUGGGUGUGCGAGUCAGCACCAGCACACCCCUGGAAGGCUUCACCCUGACAAGAGACGACGGCUGGUUCGAUCUCCUAGUGAACGGCGGUGGUGCAGUCACCCUGCAGUUUGGCAGAUCGCCCUUCAAGCCGCAGAGCCACAUAGUGUUCGUCCCUUGGAACGAGGUCGUGAUAAUCGACAAGAUCGUGAUGAGCACUGCAGAGGAGAAGCAACCGAACCACGUCCCUCACGCUUGCGCUGCCCACGACUACGAUCUGAUGAAGCCUGUGGUUCUGGCGACGUGGAAGCACGGCUUCCAGGGAGCGUGCCCCGACAAGAGUACCAUUCUGGCAGAGUCCCAGGUCGUACAAGAAAGCCUGCAAAUACACGGCACAGGAUUGAAUCUCGUUUACCACAGCUCCCGUGCAGCCGGCUAUCUAUCCACGAUACAGCUGCAAUUGACUCCGGAAGUCAUACCGGCGACCCUUAAUCUAAUCCACCUGAGAAUUACGAUCGAGGGUAUUCUCUUCGAGAAAACGUUCGAGGCGGAUCCAGUGAUAAAAUUCACGUACGCGUGGAACAGAUUAAACGUAUACAGGCAAAGAGUUUACGGUGUUACGACCGCUAUGGUGAAAGUGGGAUACGAGUAUCGCGACUGCAAGGAUAUUAUCUGGGACGUGCAGACGACGAAAUUGAGCGGUCACGAUAUGUCGAUCUCGGAAGUCGGCGGUUGGAACUUGGAUAUCCAUCACAGAUAUAAUUUCCACGAAGGUAUACUGCAGAAAGGGGACGGUUCGAAUAUUUACUUGAAACAGAAACCGAGAGUUAUUCUGACCACCAUGGGAGACGGACAUCCGAGGCCUUCGGAUUGCUACGAUUGCGACGGGCAAGCUUCCAAACAGAGACUACUUGCGCCAGUUGCUCUGGCCACUGCUCCGGAUGGCUCCAUCUUCGUCGGUGAUUUCAAUCUCGUGAGGAAGAUACUCGUCGAUGGCACUGUUAGGACUGUCGUUCGGCUCAAUGCAACAAGGGUCUCGUAUCGCUACCACAUAGCCCUCAGCCCGCUCGACGGCUCCCUCUACAUCUCUGACUCAGAAUCCCAUCAAAUAAUCCGCGUGCGCGACACUAACGACUACGCCGAUCCUGACCACAACUGGGAAACGGUGGUAGGAUCUGGAGAACGGUGUCUGCCAGGUGACGAAGCUCACUGCGGCGACGGUGCCCUUGCCAGAGACGCUAAGCUCGCCUAUCCUAAAGGUAUAGCUGUGUCCGCCGACAACGUACUGUACUUCGCUGAUGGAACGAACAUCAGAAUGGUCGAUAGAGACGGUAUCAUCACCACCGUGAUUGGCAACCACAUGCACAAAUCCCACUGGAAGCCUAUCCCCUGCGAAGGCACGUUAAACGUGGAAGAAGUUCAUCUUCGUUGGCCCACAGAGUUAGCCAUCAAUCCUCUGGACAACUCGUUGCACAUGAUCGACGAUCACAUGGUGCUUCAACUGGCUCCAGACGGUCGUGUCAAAGUGAUUGCUGGACGUCCACUUCACUGUGCCUCGCCGUCCUCAUCCUUCGAUACAGAACUCGCCACUCACGCCACUUUGGUGAUGCCUCAGAGCAUCGCGUUCGGUCCAUCUGGAAAUCUGUACAUCGCGGAGAGUGAUUCGCAGAGAAUUAAUAGAGUGAGGGUGAUUGGUACCGAUGGCAAGAUUUCUCCAUACGCCGGAGCAGAGUCUAAAUGCAACUGCUUGGAACGUGGUUGCGACUGCUUCGAAGCUGAUCAUUACCUCGCCUCCACUUCGAAAUUCAACACCAUAUUCGCGGUAGCCGUGUCCCCCGAUGGUAUUGUUCACAUCGGUGACCAGGCGAAUUAUAGGAUCAGAUCUGUGAUGGCCAGCAUUCCAGACGCUAGUGGUGCAAGGGAGUACGAGAUUUAUGCACCGGAUACUCAGGAAAUCUACGUGUUCAACAGAUUCGGUCAACACGUUGCCACGAAGAACAUCCUGACGGGUGAAGUUGUGUAUCAAUUCGCUUACAACGUUAAUACUAGCAAUGGAAAACUUAGCACGGUCACGGAUGCAGCUGGUAACAAGGUGUUCCUGUUGAGAGAUUACAGCAGCCAAGUGAACUUCAUCGAGAACACCAAAGGACAGAAGUGUAGGCUCAGGAUGUCCAGGAUGAAGAUGUUGCACGAAUUGAGCACACCAGACAAUUAUAACGUAACAUUCGACUAUCACGGUCCCACUGGCUUGUUGAAGACCAAAUUGGACAGCACAGGAAGGAGUUAUGUUUACAAUUACGAUGAAUUUGGCAGGCUUACCAGUGCAGUCACUCCAACUGGAAAGGUUAUCAGCCUGAUCUUUGAUCUGAGCCCGAAAGGGGCGGUCGUGAAAGUGGGACAGAAUAACAGGAAACCUAUGUCGAUGUUGAUCGGAGGAUCAUCGGUGGUCAACAAGGUAGGAGAGGCUGAGCAAAGGACAACGGUUCUUCCUGAUGGCUCUGUAGGCCAAGUCACACCGUGGGCACAUACUGUCAGCACUGACACCUUGCCGUACUCUGUGUUAGCUGAGAUCGAGCCACUGUUAGGAGAAAGCUACCCGGUGCCUGCUAAGCAGAGAACAGAAAUCGCUGGAGACUUGGCAAAUAGAUUCGAAUGGAGGUAUUUCCUUCGAAAGCUGCAAGGCAACAAGAACAGAGGGAAUUCGAAGUCUGUAGCACAAGUUGGCAGAAAGCUUCGUGUCAACGGGGACAUUCUGCUGUCUCUUGAAUACGACAGAGAAAUUAAUAGCGUGACAGUGUUUAUGGACGAUGUGGAGCUUUUGAAUGUUACUUACGAUAGAACAGCAAGGCCAAUCAAAUGGGGGCCCAGAAACGGUAUCUUCGCUGGAGUAGAGCUGGAAUAUGAUCGAUUCAGUCGAUUGACUAGCUGGACUUGGGGAGACAUCAGCGAGACCUACGGGUUCGACAGAGCUGGUAGAUUGGAUCAAAUAAAAUACAGCGAUGGUACGUCGAUGGUGUACUUGUUCAAGGACAUGUUCAGCAGUUUUCCAUUGUCAGUGACCACGCCAAGAGGAAGUGAUUACUUCUUGCAAUACGACGAGGCUGGAGCGUUGCAGUCGUUGACUACUCCAAGAGGACACAUUCACGCCUUCUCGUUGCAAACUUCUCUCGGAUUUUACAAGUACCAGUACUAUUCACCGAUGAACAGGCAUCCGUAUGAAAUUUUGUACAACGAUGACGGACAAAUUUUGGCCAAAGUGUAUCCUCACCAGAGCGGCAAAGUUGCUUACGUCUACGACCAUACUGGAAAAUUGGAGACUACUCUUGCAGGACUGUCUUCGAUCCACUACACGUACCAAGAAACCACGAGCCUCGUCCACAGUAUCGACAUCAACGAGCCAAACUUCGAGAUGCGUAUUGAGUACAAGUACCACGCUGGAAUUGUCAAAGACGAGAAGAUCAAGUUUGGUAGCAAGAGUGGCUUGGACAAUGCUCGUUAUCGUUAUCAGUACGAUGGCAAUGCUCGAAUAUCCGGCAUUGAAGUGGACAUUAACGGGAAACAGCUUCCUCAAUUGCGGCUGAAAUACAAUCAGAACCUCGGUAUACUGGAAGGUGUGGGAGAUCUGAGGAUAUACAGAAACCUGUUCAACAGAUCGGUUAUGCAAGAUAGCAGCAAACAAUUCUUCACCGUAACAGACUAUGACGAGCAUGGUCGCGUUAAGACGGUUUUGAUGAACAUUCGAUCGUUGGACGUGUUCCGUAUGGAGUUAGAAUACGACAACAGAAAUCGUAUAAAGAUGAGGAAGCUGUCUAUUGGAAAGGACGCGAUGGAGAAGAAAGAAUGGACCAAGAUGGAGAAGAUAACGUAUAACGCUGAUGGACACGUGCUAGAAGUAAUGGACACUGAGAAUAACUGGCAGUACGCUUACGAUGAAAAUGGUAACGUGAUUAGUAUUACGGAACACAACGAAAAGAUCACGCUAUGGUACGAUAGUGGCGAUCGUGUCGGUCAGUAUGGUGACGUUGAGUUUAACUCUGAUGGUCGAGGGUUCGUCGUGAUUCGAGGAAAGCAUAAAUACAGGUACAAUUCGCGCGGUCAGCUGAUCCACGCGUCAGAGCACAAGAAGUUCCAGAUAUGGUACUUCUACGACGACCGUGGCCGAUUGGUAGCCUGGAACGACGACCGUGAAAACAUCACUCAGUUCUUCUACGCGAACCCGAAGACACCAGAUCUGAUCACGCACGUUCACUUCCCGAAAUCUGCAAAGACCUUCCGGUUCCUCUACGACUCUCACAACUUCCUCAUGGCGGUAGAGACAUCGGAGCAAAGGUUCUACGUGGCAACCGAUCAAAAUGGCUCUCCCCUGGCGCUGUUCGACACCAAUGGAAACCUGAUCAAGGAAAUGAGACGUACGCCGUUCGGAAAAAUCAUCAAGGACACCAAUCCAGACUUCUACCUGCCCAUCGACUUCCACGGUGGUCUUCUCGAUCCGAAUACUAAACUAGUCUACCUAAGCAAGAGACUGUACGACCCGACAGUCGGCCAAUGGAUGACACCAGCGUGGGAGCAAAUGGCGAACGGACUGACAAUACCAACCGACAUCUUCAUUUAUCGUUUCCGUAACAACGAUCCGAUUAACUUCAAGCAAAACGUCGAAUACAUGACCGAUCUCGGAAGCUGGUUGAAACUGUACGGUUACGACAUCUCCGCGAUGCUCGGUUCGGAGUACAUGAAGCAAAUGGUGUACCAACCAAGUGCAACAAUCACGUCACCUCAAUUGACACCGGACUUUGGUGUAAUGUCAGGUCUACAGUGCAUAGUGAAUCGUGUACACGAGAAAUUCUCAGACCUAGGGUUCGUUCCCAAGCCUUUGUUAAAAUUAGAACCAAAGACGAGGAAUCUCCUUCCUCGGGUAGCUCAUCGUCGCGCCGUCUUCGGAGAGGGCAUCCUAGUGUCGCGUGUCGGUGGACGCGCGCUCGUCAGCGUGGUAGACGGUGUGAACAGCGUUGUACAGGACGUGGUGACGUCGGUGUUCAAUAAUUCCUACUUCCUGCCUCUCCACUUUAGUGUUCACGACCAGGAUGUGUUCUAUUUCGUGAAAGACAACGCCUUAAAGAUACGCGACGACAUGGAGGAGCUUCGUCGGCUGGGUGGCAUGUUCAACGUGUCCACUCACGAAACAACGGAGCACGGGGCUGGUACGUGGAAGGAGCUGAGGUUACACAAUCCAGACGCGGCGGUGGUGAUUAAGUACGGGGCGGAUCCUGAACAGGAAAGGCACAGAAUAUUAAAACACGCUCAUAAGAGAGCAGUCGAGAGAGCCUGGGAGAUCGAGAAGCAGCUGGUCGCAGCUGAUUUCCAAGGCAGAGGGGACUGGUCCAAGGAGGAGAAGGACGAGUUGUUAAGUCGGGGAACAGUUAGUGGUUACGAGGGUGUGGACAUUCACAGUGUACACAGAUAUCCACAGUUAGCCGACGAUCCGGGCAACAACAGGCGUAACAGGAUCCACAGGCACGACUCGUGA